AAUAAGAAGAAAAGAAAACAGGGAAAUACGCGGUUAGGAUUGGACGAUCGUUAGGAUCAAAAAUUGUGACACUUUUCCCCAAAUUCCAUUUUCUUGUUCUUCAUCAUCUUUCCGUUACGCUCAACAAACCCUUCCACCAUCACCAAUUCAUGAACUCCACAACGCUUCUUCGUUAAUCUUCCUUGGAAUCUAGGAGUAAAUAAAGUAUCUGUGAUCUUUGGAGGACGCAUUCUAAAGCGAACAUUAUGGAUGAAACAAUGGCAGCAAGAUAUUGGUGUCAUGCUUGUUCUCAAAUAGUUAGUCCCAUAAUGGGAAUGGAGAUGAAAUGCCCAGUUUGUCAAGGUGGAUUUGUUGAAGAAAUGAGCAGUGCCACUGGUAUUAGUGACUUGCCAAAUAUACCAGAACCUGAUUUUGGACCGGAUCGUUCUCCUUCCCUUUGGGCACCUAUCUUGCUAGGCAUGAUGGGUAAUCCGCGGCUUCGUAGAAGAAUGAGACGUAUAGAGCUUGAAGAAGACUAUGAUAGUGGUAAUCGUGAUGAUGAAAAUAGUGGUGUUGGACAUUAUGAUCGAGAGCUUGAGUCCAUCCUUCGAAGGAGGAGAAGAAGCUCAGCUACCAUUCAACAAUUGCUCCAAGGCAUAAGAGCUGGAUUGACAUCUGAACCACAAGAGAAUACUACUGACAGUGAUGACCAUGUUAGGGAAAGAGAAAGAGAGCAUGUAAUCUUGAUUAACCCUUUUAAUCAGACUAUUAUAGUUCAAGGUUCCUAUGAUUCAAACCGGGAUCAAAAUGAUAAUCCGAACCCCAUUGGGUCUCUAGGUGACUAUUUUGUAGGGCCUGGUUUGGAUCUAUUGUUGCAACAUUUGUCAGAGAAUGACCCUAAUAGAUAUGGAACUCCACCUGCACCGAAGGAAGCCGUUGAAGCUCUACCUACUGUGAAGAUCAAUGAGAAUUUGCAAUGUUCUGUCUGUUUGGAUGAUUUUGAAGUUGGUUCUGAAGCUAAAGAGAUGCCAUGUAAACAUAGGUUUCAUAGUGCUUGUAUCCUGCCCUGGCUGGAGCUUCAUAGUUCUUGUCCAGUUUGCAGGUCUCAAUUGCGAGUGGAUGAACCUAAGCAAGAUUCUGAUGUGUCAAGGAAUCGCAGAAAUCAAAGGGACGAUGCAAAUAUCGGACAUGCCAAUGCCGAUGCUGAAGGAGAUAGUGAAGGGAGAAGUCCAAAUGGGGGUAGAAGAUUCUCGUUUCCGUGGCCUUUCAAUGGAUUAUUUUCUUCAUCAGCUUCUAGUUCCAGUUCAAAUGGAAAUGGUACUCAAUCAGAAAGAAACUGAGUAUUCUUGCAUAUCCAUUGUACUAUUCACGUGCUGCCUUGCUUUUGUACAGAGAAAACUACCGAUUAAAAGACGCAACGUUGACAUUAUCGGUUAUGAUUUUUUUACCUGACUUUGUUUUUGCUAAAUUUCAUGCACCAGUGUUGUUAUAUUUCCUUCAACUUUUACCACCCAACUUGGUUUGUGUAUAUAUAUCGUUGGUUGUUUUAUUUUCCCGUCUUAUGAAUUUCUACACUGGUAUAUAUAUAUUAAGCAUUGUUUUCAAAUUCUCUACUUGUAAAAGUAAUUUUCUUGGUCAUGAUUCAUGACUUCUGAA